AUGUAUAGAAAAUUGCUUCCCCUUGCUUUGCUCAGUGUUCCAGUCUUCGCCGAUGACGAUGACUCAUUACCUUUUGUUAUUGUUAACUCCGCGUCAGGAGAAACCCAUGAUGGAACUUACUGGGGUGUGAAUAACGCCGGAGCAGUCGUUCCAAGCUCCACUGGAGUGCGAUUUGUGGUCAACGACGACGGUGAGUUGGAAGGUAAUGACGAGGAAGUUGAAGUGACCUCAAACGGGUUUUUGACCUUAAGAGAUGACAAUGAUGAAAAUGAGGGGUUUUCUCUCACAGAUGAUGAUCCACCGGUUUUGCUGUUAAAUCGUCAAACUCCUACCGUGUGGAUAUGUGGAUCUGAUGAUGACGCCCGUAUUGCUCUGGGUUCACAAUCGCCACAAGAUGAUUGUGUAGAGUACUCCAUUGAAGUUCAGCUGCAAAGUGGUUCAAGAAGCGGGUCCAGCACAAGAACAAGCAGUAGAACAACUGGAACCAGUGCAACCAGUGCAACCAGUGCAACCAGUGGAACCAGUGCAACAGGGACGACUACUGGAAGCACCUCGACAGCUACUGAUGGAGCCCACAAGCUUGUUGGCGGGCUGUCUGGAUUGGCUGGUGGUGUUGCCAUUGCCCUAUUGAUCUAG